GGAAAUAUGAGUGCUGGCCGGAGCUGGGAUGAUUCUCAGCUGGGUAAUAUAUUUGUAGAUGCGCCGGGCGGGGGUCAUGUGUGCGUGCCGGAUCAUGGAUGUGAGCCGGCCGAAGGGAGCUUAUUAUAAUGGACAAACCCACUCAAGACCAUCCUCAUCAACAGGAACACCGAUAAACAACAACCGAACAGGCUCAUCCUACCACUCCAACAUCAGCUUAUCAUCACCAACUCACUCCCCUUAAUAGCCUGAGAAGGAAAUAAAUAAAAACACAAAACAAAAACAACCAAAACAACCACUACAUAAUACGAUCUAGUCCAACUCAGAAUAACCCUCAACCGCGGACUUGCCUCAAAAGACUCCCUUCCUCUCACUCUCACUCGCUCACUCACUCUCUCUCUCUCCAGCCAUUCUAGAUGUAAAUAACCACCACCCACCCCCCCCAUUUAACAAACUCAAUCAUCCUCCAACAAAAUGACCCAGCAUCAUCCAUCCACAAUCCCACUCUGGAAACAAUACCCAAAACAAUCAAACAAGAGCUCAACCAUCGACAGACUCACCGCAUUCGACAUCUCCUCACUCUUCGACCCUCCCAAACCCAAACAACUAGCCAGGCAGGUCUUCAUCAACCUACCACUACCACCCCAAGCAUGGAAGUCCAACAAGAAGCGGGAAGUAACAGUAGGAAAACCAACUCAAGCUUGGGAACACCCUUCAAAUCAAAUCAAGACCGCAAAAUACUCCCUGCUCACCUUCAUCCCUCGUAAUCUGCUCGAACAAUUCAGGAGGAUCGCCAACGUCUUCUUCCUCAGUCUCGUCAUCCUUCAAUUCCUUCCCAAAUUCUCCCAAGUCUCACCCGCACUCGCCGCCCUACCCUUGCUCGCCGUGCUUGCUAUCACCGCCAUCAAGGAUGCCUAUGAGGAUGUCCGUCGACACGCGGGUGAUUACAAAACCAACCACCAACUAGUGGACACCAUCUCUCCAUCAGUCUACACUAACCACAACAUCACCACCCUCCCCAAGUCGAGCUUCAAGAUCAAUUGGUUUCACUCCCAAGCAGACCCAGCCACACUACCCCACAAGAAACAUUGGUGGUCCCGCCGCCGGAAGGUCCUGCCAGCCGAUCUCCGUCGACCAACUCCGCCUGACUCUCAAUCCUCUACCAGCACCGAUCCCGCCGCAGUACAGGAUGAAUCAAAUACUGAAGGCUUUCAGCCGACGUCUUGGCAGGACCUAAGGGUGGGUGACUUUGUCAGGUUACGUAACGACGACUCCGUACCGGCGGAUAUCAUCAUCUGUGCCACCUCAGACGCGGAGGAGAACGUCUGCUUUAUUGAAACCAAGAACUUGGACGGGGAGACCAACCUGAAAUCACGUCAUGCACUCCCCUCACUCAGCCAUCUCCGCUCUGCUCAUGACUGUGCCAACCAACAACACCGUCACAACCGAUUCAUCGUCGAGAACGAGAUCCCGGAUGCAAACAUGUUCUCAUACUCUGCCGCCAUCGUCUUCCCAGACGUUGAACCCACCCAGGAAGCAACCGCUCACGGGGAACAGCUCAAGGAUGGUCACCAAUCCGGCCACCGUGUUCCCGUUGAUAUGAACUCAAUCCUUCUCCGUGGUACCGUCGUCAGAAAUACCGAGUGGGUCAUCGGUCUCGUCGUCUUCACCGGUCCUGAUACUAAGAUCAUGAUGAACUCAAGUGGGACUCGCUCCAAACGAUCAAAAGUCGAACGUCAGAUGAAUCCGAUGGUGUUCAUUAAUCUUGGACUUCUGGCUCUGAUGUGCAUCUUCAAUGCGAUCGGCACCCGAUUCUCAGAUCAGUACUAUCGCGACCGUGGCUCAUAUUGGACGGUAAAUGAGGAUUCAUCGGGUGAUAAUCCGUCGCUCAACGGGCUCAUCGGUUUCGCCAAUGCGAUGAUCACCUACCAAAACAUCGUCCCGAUCUCCCUCUACAUCUCCAUCGAGUUUGUCCGUACUCUCCAGGCCUACUUCAUCUGGGCCGACGAUGACAUCACCGAUAACGAUCGUCCAACGCUAGCCCGCUCCUGGAAUCUCUCCGACGACCUUGGUCAGAUUCAGUAUGUGUUCAGUGACAAGACUGGUACACUGACUCAGAACCUGAUGCAAUUCAGACAGUGCUCGGUUGCUGGGAAGAUUUAUCGUGGCAAGCAACAACUAGGAUCGAUUGGUGAAGAGGAGGAGGAGGAGGAAGAACGAGGAGAAGAAGAAGAAGAAGAAGAGAAAACUGUGGUCAAUGGAGAUAACCCAGCCGGCAUCAAACAUCCCAGGUCUCCCUCCAAACCCUCAAUGAUUCAUGAGAAAGCCCCCGAGAGUGGAAAGUCGGACGAGAAAGUUCCGGUCAAAGUCAAAGCCAACCCGGCCGUGCCAGCGUUCAAGGACAGCGAGCUGAUGACUGAUCUGGCCGCGGUGGACAGUGAUCAAGCUCGAUCGCUCUACGGCUUCUUUGCAUGUCUCGCACUCUGUCACACCGUACUUGUCAGCGAGGACGAAGAAGGGUCGAUCAAAUACAAGGCGCAAUCGCCAGAUGAGCAAGCUCCUCGUUCAGGCGGCUGCAGCCGUCGGGUUUCGUCUUCAGAGGUCGAGAGAAAAACAUUCUACGUCUUCAGUCGGUCAGGAGAACAGCAAAGCGACGACAUCAAAGAGAUCGAAACGUCUGAGGAACCACGGACUGUAGAGGUGAACGAAUACGAGCUUUUAGAAGUCAACGAAUUCACCAGUGCACGGAAACGGAUGAGUGUUGUUGUACGACGACUAGUCGACGGUGAGCCUGAAUCAGGCUCACUCUAUCUCCUCGUCAAGGGUGCGGAUAAUGUGAUCUUUGAUCGAUUGGGAUCGGGGCAGGACGAGCUGAAGCAGAAGACGGACGACCAGUUGGAGCAGUUUGCUUCUGAUGGCCUCCGGACGCUCUGCCUAGCGUACCGGAAGCUCGAGUUCAGUGAGGUCGAGGCCUGGUCGAGGAAGUAUGCACACGCCUGCAGCCAGCUCGGACCCGACCGGGAGAAACUGAUCGAUAAAGUCCAGGAUGAGCUCGAGAGAGACCUUAUCCUUCUCGGCGCUACCGCCAUCGAGGAUAAGCUACAGGAAGGUGUUCCUCGGGCUAUCGCCGAUCUCAAGCGUGCCGGGAUUAAAGUUUGGGUGGCUACGGGUGAUAAACUCGAGACUGCCGUUGCCAUUGCACGAACGUGUCAUUUGAUCGGUCAUGACAUGAACCUGAUCGUCAUCAGAGGUGGAGAAUACGGUUCACGAGCAUCGGCAUACCAGCAGAUCCGCAAGUCAUUGAUUGACUUCUUUGAUGGACAGGAGCUCGUUGACCAACUCAAGGAGCUACCCCCGGAUCACAAGCCGGAUGUGGUACUGCAAUCGCCGGCGCCGACGCGGGCAUCGCUGCCGAUGUCGAACCCGGACGACCUGGCGUCGAUUGUCGGAGAGGACAACGGUCGCCGGGCGGGUGGAUACGGGCUAGUGAUUGACGGAGGCUCGCUGAAUUAUGCGCUCGAGGAGCCUUUCACACGGGAGGCCCUACUUGAGCUGGCCACCCGCUGUGCGGCCGUCGUCUGUUGCCGUACCUCGCCUAAACAGAAGGCCGAGAUCGUCCGGCUCGUCAAGGAAGGUAUCGGUGCUCAGACCCUCGCUAUCGGUGACGGCGCCAAUGACGUCUCGAUGAUCCAGACCGCUGACAUCGGUGUAGGCGUCUCGGGCGAGGAAGGCAUGCAGGCCGUCAACUCAUCCGACUAUGCGAUCGCUAAAUUCAGAUUCCUUUCUAAACUGCUCUUCGUCCAUGGUCAUUGGUCUUAUGACCGCAACUCAAGGAUGAUCGUUAACUUUUUCUACAAGGAAAUCAUCGGGAUCAUCGCUCUCUGGCUCUAUCAGUUUUGGUGUGCUUAUUCGACUACCAUUCUUUACGAGUACACGUAUUUGUUGUUCUAUAACGUAUUCUGGACACUUUUGCCGGUGAUUGGGAUUGGAGUGUUUGACCAAGACAUUGCGGAGAAAGUUUUGAUGGCCGUUCCCGAGCUAUAUUCGACUGGACGUGAAGGGAACCAAUUUGGGCUCCGACGGUUUGCGAUGUACAUGUUACAAGGCAUCUAUCAGGGCUCGGUGUGUUUCUUCCUGAUCACGUUCGCUUACAACUCCACGUCGGCUCGGAGCGAUGGCCUGGAUGUCGGCAUCUAUGAAUUCUCCACCGUCAUCAUCGUCGCUAUCAUUUUCGUCGCCAACUUGUUUCAUGGACUCGACCAGUCCAUCUGGAACUGGUGGAUCCUUGCCUUCAUCCUCUUCGGCCCCGUCCUCAUUAUCUUGUACACCGCCGUCUAUUCUGCUAUCAAACCCGGCUGGAUAUGGACGUUUGCCUAUGGGAACAAUCAUUUCUUGUGGUCUGCUGCUUAUUGGUGGCUCGGACUUUCGAUCACGAUCGUCGUGAGCUUGAUUCCUCACUAUGUGAUCAAGUAUUACACAGAGACAUAUUAUCCCAAUGACUUGCAAAUCUUAAAAUACGUUCAUCGGGAGGACCCAAACCAUGAUUUCCAAGCGGAUGAACAGAUGCCUUACAAGCGUGAAAACGACAAGUACGUGGAUGAGCCUAGUACGGGCAACAAAAAGCAGGACGAGCCAGCAUUGCUGGAGCGGAUCAAGUCGGACAACCCUAGUCUACAGCCCAUGCGUCCUGAGAUCCUUCGCUCCCGUACCUCCCUCACCCACGAUAUGGCUACCGGUCAGCUGUCCCCUCAAGGAAGAGGCUUCAAUUUCGACCAGGCUGACGGGGUUGGUGAAUACGCCGUUGGAAAUCGACUCCGGAGGUAUAACACUAGCGUCCUCAGUCUGGGAGCGGGUAUCAGAGAAGAACCCGAUAACAACGGGGGCAAUGCUAACAAUAGCAAGUCGAAGCCAACAGCCAAUCGAGAACGAUCGCGUUCAAUCCGACUGGGCAACUUACAGCUCGCUUUCGGAGGCUCGUUCGGCCACCAUCACCAGCAUCAUCGUCGCCAGGGCACCCAGGCGACGACCUCCAGUACCCUCGGCCGGCCGGCCAGUCUUGCCAAACGGAUCUCCAUCUUCCUUCACCCUCAUCUUGCCGACAAGCCUGCGGAGACCUCGUCCGCUGAUCCUCCGCUGCCCCCUCAGCGGCCCCUCAAGAUCGAUACCGACCUCCCUCUGACCAAUCAUCCCCUCGCUCAAUCACCCGUAGCUACAUCGGAUCAUCCUCACGACCCCGAUGAUGAAAUCCAGGAAGUCGACACCGAGCCUCCUCGGAAUCCUAACUCAAAUUCUUCUUCUUCUACAUGA